CUCGAUUCUCAGUGUUUGCUUUGCUGAACGGCUUUUCUCAGAUGGCUUUUCUCAAGUGGACGAAGUUCCUCAAGAGUCCCCAGGAAUUGAGUGUUUUCUGCGUUUAAGUUGCUUUAAAACAUAGCAAAGGCACGCAAGUACACAAUCAUUAAGCCCUAGUUAGCUCCGUCAAACAGCUCCCAUAGCUUAGGUCGUCGAUUGUGGCCGGCACAAGCAAACCAAGUACGAUCCACAGAACCGCAUCUCCAUGCUGGUGGACUGUGCAGAGACAAAGGCCAACGCCAAGCAACGCAGAGGUCGAGCAGGUCGAGUAAAGCCCGGUGUUUGCUACCAUUUGGUGAACGUACGACGCUGGCGGCGGAUGGAGGACUUUGAAAAGCCAGAAAUGCUCAGGGUGCCACUGGACUCCUUGUGCUUGCGGGUGUCGCUGAUGGGUUUAGGCCACCCUGCGAAGAUCCUGGCCAAGGCCAUCACGCCACCAACCGAUGCUGCAGUCCUUUCCUCGUUGCAGCAGCUCGUUGAACUCAGCGCAGUGGAGCUGCGUGAGAAAGUGACAGAUGAUGAUGAGAUUGGCGCUCGGGGCUGGGACAAGGAAGAUCAACAGAGGCUCCUCAAAGCCAAGCUGCGCUUAACUCCCCUUGGGAAUCACCUGGCGCAACUCCCUGUGGACGCUGGCUGUGCUAAGCUCCUGGUGUUGGGCUGUAUCUUUGGCAUCCCGAGAGACGUGUGCACGGUCGCAGCUGCACUUUCUGUCAAGUCCCCGUUUGCAGUCAAUGCCGACGGUAAAGGUAGUGGAAAGGGGGCCAGUGAACAGCGCAAGUUGGAUUUCGCGGGCGACCUGGAAAGUGAUCAGCUACUUCUUGUGAAGCUCUUCGAGCAUUGGGAAGAACUUGGAAGACACACCCAAUCAGCACGGAUGUGGUGCCGAGAGAACAGCCUGAAGCUUAUAUACUGUAGCUGCUGUAGCUGCCGUUUGAACAGGCUGAUGUGGAAGACCGGCUUCCGGGGAGUGGGGGCCUGCUGCUUUGGCCGGUUUGGAGGGUUUCUUGUGUUGUGUUGGUGCAAUGUUUUGGAUGUAUUGGCGCCUCACCCGGUCAUGUGGUCAUCCACGCCUGGGCAGGUGGUCAACCCGGAUGCACCUGAAAUCCGGUCCAUGGAACACAUAGAUAGGUCAAGACAGCUGCUUGGCCUUGACAUUCAAGCUUUCGAAAGUGUGUCUGAUAUGCGCCGUCACCUCCUUGGAAUUUUAGUUGAACAAGGAUUUGCCAUGCAGGAGCAGACCGAGGAAGAGAGGCCUGGUUCCAAGCUAUCAACGAUGCCAGCCUGCCUUUCCAGCUUGAUCCAUGCGAAGGAGGAGUUUGGCCGUCGGCGUUUCCAGCUCUUACGCUCGCUGCUGUGUGCAGCACUAUGGCCAAAUGUAACAUUACUGAAGGGCAAUGGAACACUUUUUGCUCGAAACUCAGCCACCUUGGGAUUUCAUAGCUCAAGCAUUUUAGCCCUGCAAAUGGAUCAAGACAACGACUCUGGCGACUGGACUUGCCCGCACUGCGGGUUCUACAACUUCGCCAGCCGCCAGGAGUGCAAGAGUUGUUGGGCUGCACGAGCAUCCUCUCCACCUAAGAGGAAGGCGAGACCACUUCGACACCGUGCUUUUAUGUUUGGUGAGAAAGUCCGUUCUUUGGCAAGUGGCCCCAGCCAGAAGGCGCAGACGCUUUGCCGCGACUGCUGCGGAGUUUCACUGAAAGCCUUGUUCCUGUUGGGACAUCGAGUGGAGGUGGACUUCUUGAAAGGCCGCAUGUCGAUGGAUGGUUGGAUCCACUGCCAGGCCGCACCUCGGGAUGCCUCCAUGCUCCUGGGGAUGAGACGGCGUUUGCAGGACGUUCUCACACGUCGGCUGGCUCGAAAGACUGGCAUCUCUCCAGAGGAUGCUGAGGUCGUAAAUGUCAUGACCCAAAUAUUGGUGUUAGAUAUUGAAAUUUAAAUCGAUCAACA